AUGAUGGAUACAGACCGACAAGACAACCUCGGUUCGCCGCUGAUCGAGGACUUCCUCGACUGUGAGAAGCUUAUCGCCGACUUGGAAGGCGACACCACCAGCAGCAGCAGCCCUAGUACUCUCAGCACUCCACCUACAAGGACUCUCAAGCGCCUACACAUCGACAUCAGCAUGACAAGCACCCAGUAUCUAGCACCAGGAGUUAACCACUCCGAUCGGAUGGGUGUUGAUGGCAUGCCUGUCUGCUCCUCUGGUCCCGCUGCUGUUUCAUACUCCACAUCCGAAAUGUCGCCAUACAGCGCAGUUUCUGCCGUUUCCUCUUUCAACUAUCCGGCUGCUGCUGAUCCUUCUCUGCUCACCCCUGUUUCCAGCGCUAGCAGCCCUCCGCUCUCACAAAGACCUCCUAAGAAUCCAAGGACUUACCACUCUCAGACACUUUCGCCCCCAGUUUCGCAAGUACCUACUCCCCCUAAUACAUCUAAAUUGUACUACGGCUAUGAAGGACCCUCAAACGGCGGGAGUUCUUCGCCCAUGACCGUGAACCCGGCAGCAACAGAAGGCGGUCAUUUUGACGUCAACCCUUACGCAAACCAUCAUCCAUCAACACCAAAGAGUGAGGUCCCGCCACUCGUCGAUCCCUAUCUUGGCUCAUUCGCGGUGUCUGGGGGCAAUGACAACGAUGUGCACCAUCCAAUGCCCGACUACCCUUACCACGUCGACGUCGUCCCGAACGGGGUGUUUUUGGGCCAACAGCCCCUUCCUCAUCCUAUACAGCAUCAGCGUAUGCCUUCCGACGGACAAGCUCCUGCCAUACCGCAAACGCAUCCUCCCCAGUUCCGACCGCAUUCGGCCCCCCAGGCCGGCACGAUUGAGGAUCUCCGGGCCUCUCAAUUCCUUGGAGCCUACCCAUCUCAAGCAGAGGUCAGCCCAGGAAGGAAGACACAACCUCGCAAAAAGCCUGCAGCGUCCAAAAAAGCCUCGCGCACGGCGAAGUCGACACCGCGGAAUGGUUCUCCUGGACAGAGCCCAGAUAGCAACCAGGAUGAACCAGAAGAGGAGCUUGAGUUGGAUCCAGAAGCACCCGAGGAGGAAAAGUAUCUCUUCCAGCUGCGCAAGGAAUAUUUGUCGGAGAGGGGCAAGGGUAUGUGGGAGGAGAUGAAGGCGAGGUAUUCCGAGCGGUUUCAGGGGAAUUUCGAGAAGGCUUGUUUGCAGAUGAAGGUGUCGCGUGCUGUAGCGCGGUAUGGGAUUUGGCCAAAGAAAGAGGAACAACGGUUAAGGGAAGCAUUCGAAUACGUCGAGUCGAUCCGAUAUCAACUCAUCAUCUCCCGCAUGAAAGAGAACGGGGGCUGCCGAGUCUGGGAUUGGAAACCCCAGCAUAUCGAGGCCAAGCUCAUCAAAAUGGGACUUGAGGAAAAGACCUUAGACGAAAAGACAGGAUUCCGGCGACGCAAGAAGCUCACACGGAGACAAGCCAGCCCUCCGCACUCCGGAAUGCAUCCCAGCGUCGUCGGCGACUGGAGAAACGGCCUCGGCUUACACCAUACAUACCCUCACCACUUAGUCGCUCACCCCCAACAACUACACGCCCGUCCGUUCGAACACAUGGUUCCCCCCGAAGACUCCACAAAUGUGAUAGCGUCCUUCACGUCAGAUGUCGAAACCAUUGAUGACAGCAUCCUCGACCAGAUUUAUGGCCGACGUAACUCCCACGGCAUCAAGGAAGAGCGUGACUUUACCCCUGAAAGCAUGGACAUGCCGUGUACCAAUGCGAACUAUGACCAACAAGCUAAGCCAAAUGGGCUAGCUAGUACCGCAGCUCUGACUGAACAACAGCGAUGUAGUGAGCGAAUUGCGCGCCAGGCCGCUUGCGAGCAAUUGAUGCAACAACUUUCGAGGAACGCAACUCCAUAUGGGGUACCAACAGCCCAGGCAGUGCAACAAUAG